GCUUCCUCUGCUUUAGGGAGCGGGUGUGUGAGUGCGUGGGAGCCGCUAGAUCUUGUUCGGAGGUAAACAUUAAAACUCAAGCUCCACAUUAACACGCAGAAUAUCUGUGCAGAGCUCUCAGCGACCUCCGUUUGACCGAAAUUCGCAUUCAGAGUUCAGCCAUGGCGAAAAACAUUACCCUGUACUGGGGCUCCGGCUCGCCCCCGUGCUGGCGCGUUAUGAUCGCCCUGGAAGAGAAGGGUUUGCAAGGAUACAACGGCAAACUUCUCUCCUUCGAGAAGCAGGAGCACAAGUCCAAAGAAGUCAUGGACAUCAACCCGCGGGGACAGCUGCCCGCCUUCAAGCACGGAAACAACGUAGUGAACGAGUCUUACGCUGCGUGCCUGUACCUGGAGAGCCAGUUCCGAUCACAGGGAACGCCGCUGCUGUUGGGCGGUGCGGAGGAGCAGGCUCGGAUGUACCAGCGCAUGUUUGAGGCCCAGACUCUCCUGCAGAAACUCAGUGAUGUCAUCUACUACACAUGGCGUGUUCCUGAGGCAGAGAGGCAUGAUUCUGCAGUGCAGAGGAACAAAGAGGCUCUGACUACAGAACUGAAGCUGUGGGAACAAUGUCUGCAACAGGUAGGGGAGGGUUCGUUCUUGGCCGGGAAGUCCUUCUCAUUGGCUGACGUCAUUGUCUUCCCUGUCAUCGCCUACGCAGUACGCUUUGGGCUGUCUCUGGAGAGGUACCCCCGCCUGGGGCAGUACUACUCCCUGCUGAAGGACCGCCCCAGCAUCAAGGCCUCCUGGCCCCCCCACUGGCUGGAGAACCCCCAGGGCAUGGACACUCUGAAGGAUCUCUGAGCCGCCGUCUGCCAGUCUGCCCGUCCCUCUGUCUGCCCGCCUGCCCGUCCCUCUGUCUGCCCGCCUGUUCGUAGCCGUAUAGAAUGCAGCGUGAAGUGCAUCUCUCUGCAGCCGUAACGAGCCCUACCCGUGCCCAACCCUAACCCUAAACUCACCAUGCGCUCAGUACCUGCACACAGGGUCUUAACAAUGAGUGCUAGGCCUACACCUGUGUGCUGUUUAGUGUGUCCAAUGUACAGCAUAAAUGUUCUGAGUAAACUGCUUCAAUAAAAAAGAUAAUUGUC